AUGGCACCCCUUCGAGAUACCGAGCGCGUUCAAUUGCCCGAGACCUGGAACCCCGAAAGCGUUUCAUUUCCACUCCGAAGAGAUCUGCCUAGCAUUCCGGGAGCCCCAAAAGAUGCUGCCUGGGUUUGGGGCGCUGAAGAUAAUGUUGGCCGCCUCAAUCUUCUCACCCGCGCACGUGUGCUGGCUGCAUCAAAAGCAAUCAAAAGUGGCGAGGUCAUACCGGUAAACCUACCUCUCAAUGUCCCAGGCCAGCCUGCCUUCAAUCGAGAGCCCUUUGUCCACCACAUCAAGACUCUGGCUCCUGGGUUGUUUUACGAUGACAACUACUACAUGAACACCCAGAGCGGCACUCAGUGGGACGGCUUCAGACAUUUUGCUCAUUUACCUUCUGGGACGUUUUACAACAAUACCAAGGGACAAGACAUCGAGGGACCGGCCAGUAAUCUGAAAUGUUCAAUUCACCACUGGGCUGAGCGUGGCAUCGCUGGCCGCGGCGUGCUUUUAGAUUUCUGCUCUUAUGCGCAUGCAAAGGGUCUUCAUUUUAAUCCAUACGACACUUGUAGCAUCUCUUAUCAAGACUUGCUCGAAUGCGGCCGAGCGCAGGGCAUAGACAUUCGGCCCAAGGCGCAAGGAGGCGACAUUGAGAUUGGCGACAUCCUCUUCAUCCGGAGUGGGUGGGUCGAGGCCUAUCACAGCAAAAGCCCAACCGAACGCGCCCACCUGGGACUCAGGGGCCACAAAGAAAUCAAGUUUGGCGGCGUAGCUCAAGAGGAAUCUAUACUUGACUGGCUGCAUGACUGCUACUUUGCUGCUGUUGCUGGGGACUCGCCCACAUUUGAAGCUUGGCCGACCAAGGCGGAAUACCACCUUCACGAGUAUAUCCUGUCCCUUUGGGGGAUGCCUUUGGGUGAGAUGCUCAACCUAGAAACAUUGGCUCGUCGAUGUCGUGAGACGAACCAGUGGACAUUCUUCUUCACAAGCGCUCCAGCAAAUUGUCCACAGGGGGUUAGCAGCCAUGUCAAUGGCACUGCGAUUUUGUAG